AUGUCUUCGGAAUUCAACUUCAGUCGAAGAGAUGCUGUAUUAUUCACUCAGCCCUCAAAGAUUGAAGUAUUCGCCUUCGCCUACAAUCCCUUAUUGUGGACUCCAAAGGCUCCGGUCUCCGAAUCCACAGGGCCAUGGAUGAUGGCAGGACAUGCGGUAGCGGUAACGGCAGCUGCCGUGAUAUCUGAUCCCGCCGGGGCAAAUUCCUCUCGAAGGCUGUCGUUACUAACGAGACACAUCUUUUCUGUUCCAGAUGCCCCACUGCUCAAGAACCGGCGGAGUUUUGUGCUGACUUUCGACAUCAACAUAGGAAAAAACUCGGUCUCCGAUUCGCCUGGGGGCGAGUCGAGUGGCUAUUACAUCCAGUACGGUACUGAGAUCUCGCAUUCCAACGUACGGAUGCCGGGAGCGUUUCAUGCUCAGGCUCGGGCUCAGGAGCGGUAUCAUACUAUACAUGUGGUCGUCGUCGGGACUCGGGAAGCAAGUGGGCGCGCGCGCGCGAGACCGAUGUGGACUGAGCUCGCUUUCUCGGCCGAGCUCUCCGGCGAUUCGCGAAACGGCGGAUGCGGACGAAAAGUUCAAAUCUGCGCUGGCCUGGCGAGCGCAACUGUGAUGGCCGUCAUGGUGGAGGUGGCGUUGUGGCUUGUGGAGGAACAGAGAUUCAGAGAAGACCGUGCAGACUAG